CCCUGCAGCUCGCAGCCAGUCAACAGCAAUCACCGACUCUCAGGGAAAAAAAAAAAAAGAAAGAAAAAAAAAAACAGGCGCACCGAGGAUUUACCGAGCUCCCGUUAAUGUCCCCACUCUGACACGAACAUGGCCUCUCCUCAGCCUGGCAGUCCGCCUCUAGCAGAGCAGUACACCCCUGAUGCACCGGAUGAAGAGGGCCAGCAGGAGGAGGACGCCGCGGCGAGGGAACAGCCUGCGAAAAAACGUGGCAGAGGCCGGCCUCCUAAAGCCAAGCCCGUCUUCAAGUGCAGCACGUGCACGGAGUCUUUCAAAAGUCUGUCGGCGCUGCGGAGCCACAAGGUCUCUGCGCACGUGAAGGAGCGCCCGCAGCAGCACUCCUGCUCCGAGUGCAGCAAAACCUUCUCCAGUAAAGCUCAGCUCUCCAAGCACGAGCGCACGCACUCGGCCCAGCGGCCCUUUCAGUGCCCCGACUGUCACAAGGCCUAUAAGACCCCCACGGAGCUGCGCAACCACAGCCGCUCCCACACCGGCGAGAAGCCCUUUGUGUGCAUGGACUGCGGCAAGGCCUUCAUGCAGGCCAUCUGCCUGAGGAUCCACAUGACGCAGCACAGCGGCGAGCGGCCCUACUCCUGCCGCCAGUGCUCAAAGAGCUACCCCACCCUGUCCAAGCUGAAGGUGCACAUGCGCUCGCACACCGGAGAGAAGCCGUAUUUCUGUGCCGAGUGCGGCAAGAGCUUCGCCGAUCCGUCGGUGUUUCGAAAACACCGACGGAAUCACCAGGGUCACCGGCCGUACGCCUGCGACGAAUGCGGGAAGACGUACACGGAGCUGAAGGACUUGAAGAACCACGAGCGCUCGCACACCGGGGAGAAGCCCUAUCUGUGCUCGGACUGCGGCAAGGCCUUCUCGCGCUCCUCGUCGCUGGCCUGCCAUCAGCGCAUCCACUCCCAGAAUAAGCCGUAUCAGUGCGAGCAGUGUGGCAAAGGCUUCACUCAGCUGUCCUCCUACCAGUCUCAUCUCCGCACUCACUCCGGUGAGAAGCCCUUCCUCUGCCCGCAGUGCGGCAAGAUGUUUUCAGACCCGUCUAGUUUCCGCCGCCACCAGCGAGCCCACUUGGGCUUCAAACCGUAUCCCUGCGACAAGUGCUCCAAGCGGUUUCGGCAGCCGGCCGAUCUGGCCGUGCACGAGCGCGUUCACUCCGGGGAGAGGCCCUACAAAUGCCAGAGCUGCGACAAAGCCUUCGUGGCGUCCUGGGAUCUGCGGCGCCACAUGCUCGUUCACACAGGCCUCAGGCCCUUCUCGUGCACCGAGUGCGACAAAUCCUUCGCCGAGCGCUCGAGCCUCAACAAACACCGGCGCGUGCACUCCGGAGAGAGGCCUUUCAAGUGCGAGGAGUGCUUGAAGUCAUUCGUCGUGUCGUCAAGCCUACGCAAACAUGAAAGGACUCACCUAGCGGAGCAGUCUGAGCAGCAGCAGCAGCAGCAGCAGCAGGAGACGGAGACGGAGGCUGGAUCAGCCUCGGGCUUUACCGCCCACACAACCCUUCCUCAGUUCUCCUGUACUCACUGCGACGCUACUUUCGGUACCUGGGAUGAAGUUCAGGCCCACGAAAGCCUGCACUCCAUUGACUCGACCGCUUCCUCCGUCACCAAGGUCAUGCCGCUGGGUUCCCACGCCAGCGAGAGCUGCCCGGCGGAGUUCGCACAGCUGGCGGAGCUGCAGGAGCACGAGAAGCAGCACCCCAAGCCGCGGCCGCACGUCUGCGACAGCUGCGGCAAGGCCUUCCUCAACAAGUCGGGGCUGCGCAAGCACCAGAAGAUCCACUCCAGCAGCAAGCCGCACUGCUGCCCGCACUGCGGCAAGGCCUUCCUGUUCGCCGCCUACCUUCGCAAGCACUUACGGACUCACGCGGACGUCGCGCCGGCCGCCGCGCAAAUCACCGACAUAAACAUCCUCCACACGGACCCGCUGCCCUCCCCUCCCCCUCCCCCGCCCAGCGAGGCCCCGCCCCCCACGGUGGAACCCAGCACCAUAUCUCUGACGGUGCCGGUGACGGCUUUCCAGACGCUGCCAGAGUACUUAGUCAAGGAGGAAGUUCUUUAAGCCCUUUGUUUUUUACAUCUGUUUUCCCCUUUUAAUCAUAUUUCGCCAGUGGCCUUAAAUCUUUUUAGAUCAUUGGUCUGUUUUGUUGUUUUUUCCAAAUCACUUCCCCCAAAAAAUGGUCUUGCAUCAGUGUCAUGUAAAUUAUGAAUCGGUGUCAUUGUUUUGUAUUGUUACUUGUCUUGCUCAUAUUAUAUUAUGCUGUACAUGUUGUCUCAUGAUUUGUGUCUUAUCUGUUGUAAUCACUCAUAAAUUGUGCUGCAAGAUAUAAAAUAACCACUGUAAAUCAAUAAAAUGAACUGUUGUGAUUAAAACUAAAUGUUUUUAAAAUUCAGCUCGUCUCUGUUGAAUUUACAUUCCAUUGUAACAUGUUUCUCUCAUAUAAUUUGUUGUUUUUAACUGUUUUAUACUAAUAAAAUGUGUUC